CGCCGAACCCGCUCACUUUGCCUCUCGCCUCUGGACGGCUGCGGGGCAGCUGCCCGAGCUGCAGCGGGAGGGAGCGCCUCCCGGGACCUGGAGUCUUCCGCACGGCGCCUCCCCUCGGCGCCCGCGCCCCUCAGGGAGGACGGCGCCGCCGCCUUGGAGAGGGCACCCCGGCAUCGCAGGGGGCAUCCCCGGGCGCGAGGGGCGGCGGCGCCAACACAGACUCAUUCCCAGCCAGUGGGGCUCAGCGCUGGCGCCGGAGGGGACUCCCCGGCCACCCGCAGGUACUGCCGCGCGGAAGGCGCGCUGCUAGCAGCGACGCUGGGCUGCAGAGGGGGCUAAAGCUGAGGGGCCCCGGGCCGGUGCGGGGCAGAGAGGAGCCCCGAGGGAGAGCGGGCCCCGACGGCGCUCUCCCCGGUCUGCCCGAGGCAGGCAGGCCCCACGCGGCGGCCGGGCAACCCUUGAGCUGAGGGUCCCCAGGGCAGCCAGCCAUGACCUUCGGGCGCAGCGGGGCGGCCUCGGUGGUACUGAACGUGGGCGGCGCCCGGUACUCGCUGUCUCGGGAGCUGCUCAAGGACUUCCCGCUACGCCGGGUGAGCCGGCUGCACGGCUGUCGCUCGGAACGCGACGUGCUCGAGGUGUGCGACGACUACGACCGUGAGCGCAACGAGUACUUUUUCGACCGGCACUCGGAGGCCUUCGGCUUCAUCCUGCUCUACGUGCGCGGCCACGGCAAGCUGCGCUUCGCGCCGCGGAUGUGCGAGCUCUCCUUCUACAAUGAGAUGAUCUACUGGGGCCUGGAGGGCGCGCACCUCGAGUACUGCUGCCAGCGCCGCCUCGACGACCGCAUGUCCGACACCUACACCUUCUACUCUGCGGAAGAACCGGGCGCGCUGGGCCGCGACGAGGUGCGACCCGGCGGGGCCGAGGCGGCUCCCUCCAGGCGCUGGCUGGAGCGCAUGCGGAGGACUUUUGAGGAGCCCACGUCGUCGCUGGCCGCUCAGAUCCUGGCCAGCGUGUCCGUGGUGUUCGUGAUUGUGUCCAUGGUGGUGCUGUGCGCCAGCACGCUGCCCGACUGGCGCGCAGCAGCCGCUGACAACCGCAGCCUGGAUGACCGGAGCAGGUACUCCGCCGUCCCUGGGAGGGAGCCCUCCGGGAUAAUUGAAGCUAUCUGCAUAGGGUGGUUCACUGCAGAGUGCAUCGUGAGGUUCAUCGUCUCCAGAAACAAGUGUGAGUUUGUCAAGAGACCCCUGAACAUCAUUGACUUACUGGCAAUCACGCCAUAUUACAUCUCCGUGCUAAUGACAGUAUUUACAGGGGAGAACUCUCAGCUGCAAAGGGCUGGAGUCACCUUGAGGGUGCUCAGAAUGAUGAGGAUUUUUUGGGUGAUUAAGCUUGCCCGUCACUUCAUUGGUCUUCAGACACUUGGUUUGACUCUCAAGCGAUGUUACCGAGAGAUGGUUAUGUUACUUGUCUUCAUUUGUGUUGCCAUGGCAAUCUUUAGUGCACUUUCUCAGCUUCUUGAACAUGGGUUGGACCUGGAAACAUCCAACAAGGACUUUGCCAGCAUCCCCGCUGCCUGCUGGUGGGUGAUUAUCUCUAUGACUACAGUUGGCUAUGGAGAUAUGUAUCCUAUCACAGUGCCUGGAAGAAUUCUUGGAGGAGUUUGUGUUGUCAGUGGGAUUGUUCUGUUGGCAUUACCUAUCACUUUCAUCUAUCAUAGCUUUGUGCAGUGUUAUCAUGAGCUCAAGUUUAGAUCAGCUAGAUAUAGUAGGAGCCUCUCUGCCGAGUUCCUGAAUUAAUGCAUUGCAAAUCAAUUCUUGCAUACACUUGGUUUGAUAGAAAGAGUUGACGCUGCUUCAUAUUUAUGUGUUUCUUGCUGGGUGAGCACUGCAGGGGCAUUGGCAUCAUCUUGGUAGGAUAAAAAUUAUCCUUCCCAGCUGAAGGGAUGAAACAGUUUACUUAUUACGGAGUAAAUAGGAUUGAGGCUGCAAAGGAAGAGCAAUGAUCCUAGAGCAAACUUUAGGAAUUUAUUUGGUUUCGAUUUGUCUCUUCCUUGCCUUGAACAAUUACAUAGUUCUGUUUUGUGUGUGUGUGUGUGUGUGUGUGUGUGUUUUAAGUACAUUAUUUGGACACUUUGAAACAGAAAGGUACUAUUUUUCAAAUGUUUCUCCAUCUUAACGAAUUCUGAAGAAGCUUGGAACUUGUAGUGUUAUUUUUUGACUAACAUUUUCAUUUCUAAAUGUUUUAUAAUUUCUUGUAUCAAUGUCAGAAGUAUCCUGGAAACAUAUGUCAAAUGCAGGAACUGUUUAACAAAUACUUUAAAAUUUUGGCCAAAAUUUAAGCUGUAUAAUGGAGCUGGAUACAAGUGUGAAUAUUAUUUGAGAACCUUUUCCAUAUUUAUCUAUCCUCUGCUUUAUUUUUAUGCCUAUUAUUUACCUUAUCGUAUCGCUUCAUGGAAGCUUGAGUAUGUUCGCCCUUUUCUAUUUUGGGUUUCUUUAUCUCUUUACUGAAAUGACUUCAAGAAAGUAUUUAAGAAUGAAGAGAGCUUGUAUUGUUUAGUGUUUUGUUGGAUAAUAUUAGAAUUCAUUGCUGUUACUAGGUGAUAAUUGUUCUAACAUUCAGAUGUCCAAACAAGAAUAUUCCCAUCAUAAAAAUGAUAAAUAGAAAUAGUUGAUAUUAUCAAUAUUAUAACCCAUAUUUGUCAUCUUAUUCUCAUAACUUUCCCCCCAGACCUCAUGAGUUUAAUGAGACUCACCAGAUGAAAGUAUAUUUAUGUAGCCUUUUGAUACCAAAGUCAUACUUAUGUGUUGUCACUAGAUUAUCAUUAAAAAAGGAACAUUACUGUACUCUUAGUUGCUGAGUAGCUAAGUCAGUUUUAAGCUAGCUAGAAGCAAUGAAUACAUAAUUAUUUGACCUGAUCUUCACCAUUGUAAAUCAGUUACGGUAAAACUCUUUUUUGUAAGACUAUUGAGUAAUAUACCAUAUUAAUCUGACUAGAAUUUUAGUACUAGAUAAUGUGCAAGGUGAUCAUUUAGUGCUAAAUUUUAACAAUAUGAGCUAGAAUUUUGCCUUUUCAACCAGUUGAUAAAAAGAAGUCAUUUAGAAACAAAAAAUUAAAAGUCAUAGUUUUAUGAAUAAUUUAUUGUGCACAUUAUAAUUAUUGGGAGUGGAGGAGAGAAAGAUUGGGAAAUGGUAGAUAGAACAGAGAACCUAAGUGUAUUUAUUAAAAAAAGGGGGGAGGGGGCGCUUACCAGGAAUGGUCAUUAAAGCAACAUUAGCCAUCAGCUCAUUCAGACUUUUGACUAUUAUGGGUAGAAACCCAGGGCAAGAGAGGGAGCUGCAGCUAAAACCUGGAUCUCCAAAACCAAAACCUAGCCCUGCAGUUUUGUUUAUUUUUGUGUACUGGAAACUGAACCUAGGAGCCCUCUACCCCUGAGCUACUAUGUUUUUUUUUUUUUUUUUUUUUAAUUAUUAUUAUUUUUUAUUCUGAGACAGUGUUUCAUUGAGUUGUUGGGGCUGGCCCUGAACCUGCAGUCCUGCCUCAGCCACAGGAAUUUCACUGGAAUUUCAGGUGUGCUGCUACUGCAAUUAGCUGGGGUUUUGACACCUGGUAGGUUCUGACAAAGCUUUGAGGAACCCCGUUUCUUUUUCAUUGUCAUUGCUAAUGUAAUGAUAGCAAAGCUGUCCCCCCCGCCCCAAUUUUCUUUCCUGAGUUUAGCUGAUAUUUAGGCCAUUCAAAAUCUCACUCCAGGGCUGGGGAUGUAGCUAAGUGGUAGAGAGAGCUUGCCCAGCGUGUGCAAGGACCUGGGUUCAACCCCCAGUACUGGGGGAAAAAAACCUCAUUCCAUCAUUCUCUCUACUCCCCCCCCCUUAUUUAUAUGUUUCUUUUUUUCAUACUUAGUACAUUCUGUUAUUUAUUGCAUAUUCAUUGUAUUUGUAAAAUUUUUUAGUUGUAGAUGGACACAAUAUCUUUAUUUUAUUUAUCUAAUUUUAUAUGGUGCUGAGGAUUGAACCCAGGUCCUCAUACGUGCUAGGCAAGUGCUCAACCACUGAGCUAUAACCCCAGCCCUAUUCAUAUUUUAACAUAAUUGAAAUAUGUGGCAUGGAUUUUUAAAUUUAUUUUUACCAGUUUGGACUAAGGUGUUGUGAUUCAAACAAAUAAUAUGCAAAUCAUAGCACCUUCAUAUUACUAAUAAAAAUAUGAUCACCUUCCAUUUACUGGUACUGGGAACUUUUCAUGUGAAUAUGCAUUAUCUCCCCCAAAUAAAUAACUUUCUUGAGGGCUAGGACCCUCUUUCUUGCACACACCUGCAUUUUCCCUCAGUGUCCAGACUGGGACACAAAAUUUCAACUGAUGUAGGGGUAGAAACUUCUGGCCUGAAAAGAGAAGGAUACGUAUAUGCCCGUACACAUACGUGUAUAGCCACACAUAGGCACACACACAUGAACACUGUUCACACACAGGCUUCAAGUUGCCCUUAAGUAACAAGUCAAAACUCUCUUGUUGAUGAUGUCAGACUUUACACAGGGCUGCUUUCCAGAAAGAAGCAUGUGGGCUAAAUACUGAUGGCAGUUCCACUGCCCAUUUAUGAAGGAGGGUCUUUUUUUUAAACUGGGGAUUGAACCCAGGGGUGCUUUACCACUGAGCUACAUCCUCAGUCCAUUUU